GGGAGGACGUCCGGCGGGCUGGGCGCGCGGAGGAGCGGGGCUGACGGCCACGGUUAGUUCUAACCCCGGCUCCAAGAGUCCUAAGCUCCGCGUUCCCUCCCUGGAGCCUCUAGGUGAUAGCUACUGCAGGUUAACCAGGUCCCAAAGGCCAGUUGUCCUUAAACCCCCGUUAGGCCGUCUCUCCCGGAGCCAGUUUCAACUAGUCAUGCGUCCCAGAGGGACGGAGUAGAGGAAACCUUCCGAGCUUGUCCAAACCUUGCCCCGAGGACCCGGGGUUGGCUCCUCCUCUUCCUUCCCCAUAUCUCCUGUUCUCCAUUGUAACUUUUAAAAAUUGGAGCGAAAAUGGUUUGGGCGGUGCUAAAGAGGCGUGGAAAAGGGUGAACCAAUGCUCAAGGCGGAAACUGUGGGGUUUCCCCCUACAUCCUAGGCUUUUAAAGAGGAACCGAGAGGAUGUGUAAGCCUACAGAGUAGCCCCAGAGAAGAAGCGCUCUUUUGGGGUUGCUGCUCAUCAGGCAUCAAGCACAGGACUGCAUAGGGGACCGGACUUCCUAGGUUUUGGAGAUGAAUGGGUUAAGGUGGCCUUUAGAAUGAAUGAACAGCAACCAGACACUGGCGUAGAAGAGUAGCUUUGAAUGAAGUAUUCUUAGUCUCAAACAUGUUUUGGAACUAGAAACUUUAGCAGCUACUGCACAGAUUAAUCCAGUGUGCAGUGCCUCCUGCAACAGUGGACUCUGAUGAGCCACAUACCCAGUUUUUAAUCCACUUCUUCCGUUUAUACUCUAGACAAGUUAUUUUACUUCUCUAGUCUUCGUUCAGCUUUCCUGUAUAGAUGUUAAUGAUGUAAAUAUUGCUCUCUUAGAAAACAUACUCAGGCUGCAACACUAGCCUGAAGCCUUUCCUCUUUACCUUGUCUGUUGCCUGCCCCCACCCCUUUGUCUGUCUUCUGUAUUGCCUUUGGGUUCCCUGGUGGCCAUUCAGAGGCAUAAACAAUUCUGUUUUUAUGUUCUAGGUCAGUUUGCUUCCCAAACAUCUGAAAACUGUUUUUCAGUUUUUAGCCGUGUAAUAUCAUCUCUGCCUGGAACAUGGUGAACUUGGAUGAAUUUCCUCUGCUCACAACCAAACGAGUGUUCUGGAAGGGAGUUUUGGAGGAGUUGCUGUGGUUUAUCAAGGGUUCCACAAAUGCUAAAGAACUGUCCUCCAAGGGAGUGAGAAUAUGGGAUGCCAAUGGGUCCCGAGAUUUUUUGGACAGCCUGGGAUUCUCUGCACGACAGGAAGGGGACCUGGGCCCAGUUUAUGGUUUCCAGUGGAGACAUUUUGGAGCAGACUACAAAGAUAUGGAUUCAGAUUAUUCGGGUCAAGGAGUAGACCAGCUGCAAAAAGUGAUUGACACCAUCAAAACCAACCCUGAUGACAGAAGAAUCAUCAUGUGUGCCUGGAACCCAAAAGAUCUUCCCCUGAUGGCACUGCCUCCUUGCCAUGCCCUCUGUCAAUUCUAUGUGGUAAAUGGGGAGCUGUCUUGCCAACUUUACCAGAGGUCAGGAGAUAUGGGCCUGGGCGUGCCCUUCAACAUUGCCAGCUAUGCCCUGCUUACCUACAUGAUUGCACACAUCACAGGUCUGAAGCCAGGUGAUUUUGUCCAUACUUUGGGAGAUGCGCAUAUUUAUCUGAAUCAUAUAGAGCCACUGAAAAUUCAGCUUCAGCGAGAACCAAGACCUUUCCCAAAGCUCAAAAUUCUUCGAAAAGUUGAGUCAAUUGAUGAUUUCAAAGUUGAAGACUUUCAGAUUGAAGGUUAUAACCCACAUCCAACGAUUAAAAUGGAAAUGGCUGUUUAGAGCUCUUUCAAAGAUGGCUGUGAAUACCACCAGACUUUAGGGUUUGAGCCUGAUGCUCAGCGUAAAGUUUUUCUCUAAAGGAAAAUAACUAGAACAAAACUCUGACAGUGUUCUAUCUGUAACUGUCAUCAAUGUCUAAAGCAUCACUGCCUUUCCUUUGGUAUUCACAGAGGUACAUAAAAAGCUGAGAUCAUAUACUCAGCAAAAACAAUCAGGCAUUUAUAUAUGUCUAUAUGAAGAAGGCUGAAGAGGUUCAGAUUAUGUUAUUCCUCUAAACUUGAAGUAUGUUACAAUGUUUACUUAUAAAUGUUUUAUAUGAUGUAAUAAUAAAGAACUGUUUUGCACUUGUU